AGGAGGUUAGGAAUCACUGUAGUUGCUCUAUAGUCACAUGGGUAAAGCAUGUAUUUUUAUUAUUGUAAAUAUAAUAAUAAAUAAACAAUUGUUCAGUUAUGUUUAAUUCUAUUAAGAAUUGUGCUAAAUUAGUUGUUCAAAGAAAUGGCAAGAAAUUAGGUAACAAAAAGUCAAAAUCAUCGAAAAAAGUAUUAAAAACCCUGCCGGUAUUUCAGUAUCCCAUAAGCGAAUCGAGUGAUCGUCGAGUUUAUGUUUGGGGUUUGGCUGAACAUGGAGCAUUGGGAACAAUUGACAGGGUUCAAAAAAUUGAUUAUAUUUCUUUUAUUCCAAAACCAAGUAGAUUAACAUUUGGCGAAAUAUUUAACGUUGUUGAUUUUGCUUGUGGUUAUGGUUUCACAGCAUUUGCUGUACGUUCUAAUGACAAUAAUAUUGUUUAUGGCAGUGGAAUCAAUACAGAUUCGCAAAUUGGAUUUCAUUCAACUGAUAAAAAAUAUAAACAUCCAAUUAUAACAACACCGAGACCAGUGAAUUUACCAUUAAAAGAAGCAAAAUCUCAUGUUGUUUCUUUGGCCGCUGGUAGAGCUCAUUUAUUAAUAUUGACAAAUGAGGGACUUUUUACAUUAGGAAAUAAUGGAUAUGGUCAAUGUGGAAGACCAAUUAUUAAUAAUGAAAAUUAUAGGAAAAAUGCAAUUGUACAUCAUAUACCGGAUGUCAAGGGAAAUCAAAUAACUCAAGUGUAUGCUGGACAGGAUCAUAGUAUACUUUUAACUGAAAAUGGAGAAGUUUAUUGUUUUGGAUGGGGGGCCGAUGGACAAACUGGUCUCGCUCAUUAUCAGAAUGAAUAUAUGCCCAGUUUGGUUAAAGGUGACUUAGCUGGGCAACGUAUUGUUAAAGUGGCAUGCGUUGCAGAUUGUGUUUUGGCACUUAGUGACAAGGGUAAAGUAUUUGGCUGGGGAAAUUCGGAAUAUGGACAAAUACCAGGUGUAGGUGACAAUCAACAGGUAAAUAUAGCGACGGAAAUAGAAACAUGUAAAGAUAUUGGAAGAAUAAUAGACAUCGCGUCUGGUGGCAGUUUUUGUAUGGUGUUAAAUGAUGCUGGAGAAGUUUACGUUUGGGGAUAUGGAAUUCUUGGUUUUGGUCCAGAAGUACGAAGCUCACUUAAACCUACAAAAAUUCCGUCAACACUUUUCGGUGUUAACGAUUAUGAGCCUAAUAUUCGAGUUUCUAAAAUUUACUGUGGAAUAAGUCAUCUUGCUGCAGUUACAAAUAAAGGUGAUCUUUACAUGUGGGGUAGAAAUAAAUUCGGAUCCCUUGGAUUGGGUCACGUUAAUGAUCAAUUUUUCCCUCUCAAGGUUUCAAUAGGGGCCGAAGUAAAAAAAGUUUCUUGUGGCGUCGAUCACACGGUGACAUUGUGUAAACCAUUUGUUUAGGAAUAAAAAUUUUUUUUUU